AUGGAAAUGCAAGUUAAACCUAAACUUAAUGUAACAUAGAAUCGUGUAUUUUCAGUCCCUCUCAUUUGCGUGGGCGGAAUCCAACUACUUCGGAUUCGUAUCCAUCCACGCCGCCGUCAGUGCCCUCUGUCUAUUCGAAUGGACCAAAAACGGAUUGGUUCCGAAAUACGCACAUAAGCUGGGCAAAGUUCGGACCCUCCGGUUGAGCUCGAAUGAAAAGAUGGACAACUACCGGUUGAUCCAAGUGCUCGCUCUUCUUUUCUCUCUUCCCUGGCUGUUUGCAAUGAUGUCGUGGAUCAUCUACAACACUUUUCAUAGGAAGAUCCUCUUCGGAGGGUUCGUCAAUAUUUUUCUAUUUCAAUUCUCAAACAGUUUUUUUUUAGAAAUGAGACGAACAUCAUCUUUUGCAUCAUCAUCUGCGUUUCCAACUUCUACGUCUGGUUCAUCUCUUCCAUUUGCCUGACCUUCUACUUCAUCAUCUUCUCUUCUGUGAAUCGAGAGGUCGAGCAUUUUAACAAAGAAUUCGAAAAUGCGAAAAAGCACAAGACGCUGAAAAACAUUGGAGUGCUCGAGAAGUUUGAUUUCCGUCAGAACGAGAUCCUCGAAAUGAUCGUCCUCGCCAACGAUUCUCUCUGGAGCUUCGGCAGCUAUACGCCGCUAUUUAUGUUCUACGGUCUCGGGAACGGAGUCUACUUGACGGGGUGAGUAAGAAGUCUUGAUAAAUCAGAAUGUGUGCUCGGCUCGGCGUCAUAGAAUGUGUGCGCGUUGUUUGACAGAGCACACAAAGUAUGCCUUGCUCGUUCAUCUCUUGAUCUCUCUCAUAAACCAGGAACAAUAUACUCUCAAUUUCAGAUUCAUGGAUGCAGUCCCUCUGGUCUACUUCGUGAUCCUUUGCGUGAUCCUCGCUUCCAUCAUCAUCUUCAACCUCAUCACCGUUGCUCCGGCUGUUGCUCUUCAAGAAAAGCUCGCCGCCACCACUUGUAUUCUGAUAAACAACGAUGAGUUCGAGUGCUCGAAGGAUCCGAUCGUCUACCAGACCUACCGGGUCAUGGUCGAUCGGCUCCACAAGGUGGACACGAGGAUCUACGUGAUCAGCGCCAUUCCGAUCACCAAAAGCACUCUUGCCGCUUCCUUAUUUAUUGUUCCCAACUUGGGUUUCCUUCUUUUGAUGGCCAAAAAAGUUAUCAUUGCCAACGGAGGACAUGUCAACUAA